CCCACAGCUCCCGCGCGACCCGCUUCUGGGACCGGCUCGUGAUCUUUCUCCUGCUCGGAUUCACACCACCUGCUCGCGAGUAGUGUGUAAGCAGACGACCAAAAUCAAAAAAAUGGUCAACCUUUCGCAGCUAAUGGAGAAUGAAGUAUUCAUGGCCUUUGCCUCUUACACGACGAUUGUGCUUUCAAAAAUGAUGUUUAUGAGCAUUGCAACUGCCUUCUAUAGACUGACAAGAAAGGUUUUUGCUAAUCCAGAAGACUGCGCAGGCUUUGGCAAAGGAGAAAACGCCAAGAAGUAUCUUCGGACAGAUGACAGGGUGGAACGUGUUCGAAGAGCCCACUUGAAUGACCUUGAAAACAUCGUGCCAUUUCUUGGUAUUGGCCUGCUGUAUUCCUUGAGUGGUCCAGACCUCUCUACAGCCAUCCUGCACUUCAGACUCUUUGUCGGAGCACGAAUCUACCACACGAUUGCGUAUUUGACACCCCUUCCCCAGCCAAAUCGCGCUUUGGCUUUUUUCAUUGGCUAUGGAGUUACACUUUCAAUGGCUUACAGAUUGCUGAAGAGUAAGCUGUACCUGUAAAGAGAAUCAUACAACUCAUCAUCCAAUGAUUUUCUAAAAAUUCUGUACUUCCAAUUUGUAAUGAAUCCUUUCAUGAUUUUAAGCAGGAGGGGAGCAGAGAAAUUAAGAUAGAGAAAACCCAGUCUGCAUAUUAAUGCCACCAAUUGCCUUUAUUCUUGUUUUGUAUUUAUACAGGACAUUUAACAUAAUUUUUAAUUCCUUUGUCUUAUUCAUAUAGUACUUUGUUGUAAAUUUUGAUUAUAAUUUGUAACAUUUGUUCAACAUUUCAUAUUUUGAAUCUUUAAAGAGUAAGUAUGUGUAUGUUAAACCUGUAUUUCAAUAUUGA